GUGUUGGCCCAGGUCACGUGAUUUAAAAAUGGUGGAAGCUGUGAGCUGUUUAUAAGCUGAGCAUCUUCAUCGAGAGGCUUGGAGCAGGAAAAAAAAAAAGGCAGCGCAUCCAUGCUCUGAGACACAGUGGGACAGAGAACCCCCGAGUCCCAGCAGCGGUCCCCCUGGGGAUGGACCUGGCUUCACACAGUAAAAUGACUUCAGAGGGCGAUGAUGGCAGACCAGUUCCUCCUACAUCUUUACCCCUGCAAGGAGGUCCCAGUCAGAGGAAAAAACUCUCUGCCCCUCGGAUCAGCUUAUCACUUGACCACAGUGAGGAUGACUUGGGGGAGACUCCAGACGAUCUGGACAUUAAUGUAGAUGAACUUGACACUCCAGAUGAGGGAGAUUACCUCGACUACACAGACCAUGAAAUGGACUGGGAAGAUCCCGGUGCAGCCAGCAGGAGCGGAACAAGUGACUCCUACACCAUUCCUACAUACAGCGCUGAGGAAGAGCGGCGUGAUGUCAAGCUAUGGAGGACUGUUGUCAUUGGAGAGCAGGAGCACCGCAUCAACAUGAAAGUUAUUGAGCCUUACAUGAAAGUAGUCUCUCAUGGAGGUUACUAUGGCAACGGAGUGAAUGCCAUCAUAGUCUUUGCUGCAUGUUUCCUGCCAGACAGUGCCCGAGAAGACUACCAUGAAAUAAUGGAGAACCUCUUCCUCUAUGUGAUCAGCACCCUGGAGCUCAUGGUGGCAGAGGACUACAUGAUCGUUUAUCUGAACGGAGCCACGCCCCACAGAAGAAUGCCUGGUCUUGGUUGGCUCAAAAAGUGCUAUCAGAUGAUUGACAGAAGGCUCAGGAAGAAUUUGAAAUCCUUCAUUAUCGUCCAUCCAUCAUGGUUUAUCAGGACUGUUCUAGCCAUUACCAAGCCCUUCAUCAGCGCCAAGUUCAGCAGCAAGAUCAAGUAUGUGAACAGUUUAGAUGAACUGCAGGAACUAAUCCCAAUGGACAGCAUCCAGAUCCCAGAGUGCAUCAUUAAACUUGACAAGGAGCUGAAGGAAGCGGCGGAAAACUCAAAAAUAAAUAGCUUCCUGCAGGGGACUGAGCUGACAGCAGCCAGCAGAACAGACGGACAAGACCAAGCCGGUGCCAGCAGCUCGUAAAGCAGAGCAUCCUGAAUUGAUGGGACACCUCAAUAGUAACUGCGACGCACGGGUCAAGCUGAAAGUGCUGCUUUUGUGUGAGUGUGUGUGUGUGUGUGUGUGUGUCUGUGGCAGUGUUUUACUUUUAGACACUGGGGUUUAAUUUCAACACAACCUACUGUAGUAUCUGUUGUAACUCUGAUGAAUUUUAACCGUAGCAUCUGCUGUGCUGUACACCCUGCAGCCGAGACAACCUGUAGUCAAGCGUGCGAUGCUUGCAAGCAUCAGCAGAGUAGCGUUGAUAUUCACUUUACGGUAAAAAACAAGAAAAUAAAUGCGACCACACACACAACAGAAAGCGCACCUCAAGGAUUUCAUUUUUUAGAGACUGUAUUUUAUUUAGGUGCAUGAAAAAGCAGCACAGCAAUAAUGCCACACCUUUUUUUUGUGGUUCCUCAGUUCCUCAGAGGGUGAGGCAACUUUUUGUGUCAGCCGUUUUACAUGAAAAAAGACCAGGGGACGCCCGCCAGGAAAAAAAAACAACAACAACCUUGUGCCAUAGUUUAUGACACAACUUGCAGUCGAGUAACCUAAUCUUGUGUCUUGUCUUGAAGUAUGGGAUAACCGUGUAUACAUUUAUAUAGAUAUUUAAACCUUAUAGUGUCAAUCUACGAGCCGAGCAGGGGUAAGUGAGAUAGAUAUAAAAUUAAGCUGUCAUUGCAGUGUGGCAGCACAUAUUUCAAGCCUUGUUUUGCAAAAAUGUGUGUAUGUGUUAUGGGUGGGUGAAAUAAACUGGGAAUCUUCCCUUUAGCCACUGCUGGAUCCAUAGACAAAACCUCAAAAUUACCUUAAUGAUGGGAUGUGAGUAAAGCACAAUGUCUCAUCAGUGUGUGUUCACAUGCAUGUGUGUAUUUGUACAUCAGUGCAUGGUCCCCACAUCACAUAACUAAUGGUCCGAACUUAUGUGUCUUAAUGACUGUGUGUGUGAAAAAAAAAAAACGAUAACAUUGAGAACUGCUGUCUAUUGAUUCAAUAAAAGUGAUUUAAAGCUUG